AUGAGCCGCCAGUUAAAGAGCCUGGAGGAGGAAGGUGACAAGUCAGCAAGGAGACCCUCCAGGAAACAAACUUCCACAGCUGCAGGUCCCCAAGACAGGCACCAUGCCCAGUCUAGCCGGAAGGAGCCUGCUAAGGGUAGCCCCAGGCCAGGGUCUUCCCGGAGGAGGCAGAUGGAACACGGAAGCUUUCACAAGGGGCUUCGGGGACAAAAACCAUGCAAAGUGGAGAGGCCUUCCCAGGGGAGAAAGAAGGACCGGAGGACUUCCCUCAAGAAGCAGAGAACACCUCCAAAGAAGGAAAGGGAGACUCUGGGGAAGGAGACAGGCAAGCAGCUGAGGAAAUCCAGGUCCACUUCCUUAGCCUCCAGUGUCUCCACUGGAGAGUCCCUGUCUGAGGAGGAGCUGGCUGAGAUCCUGGAGCAGGUGGAAGAAAAGAAGAAACUCAUUGCCACCAUACGGAACAAACCCUGGCCCAUGGCAAAGAAGCUGAGGGAGCUCAGGGAAGCCCAAGCAUUUGUGGAGAAGUAUGAAGGAGCCUUGGGGAAAGGGAAGGGUAAACACCUCUAUGCCUACAGGAUGCUGCUAGCUAAGAAAUGGAUCAAGUUUAAGAGGGACUUUCAUAAUUUCAAGACUCAAUGUAUUCCCUGGGAAAUGAAGAUCAAGGACAUUGAAAGUCACUUUGGUUCCUCAGUGGCAUCAUACUUCAUCUUUCUUCGAUGGAUGUAUGGAGUUAACCUCGUCCUUUUUGGCUUAAUAUUUGGUCUAGUCAUCAUCCCAGAGGUGCUGAUGGGCAUGCCCUAUGGAAGUAUUCCCAGAAAGACAGUGCCUCGAGCAGAGGAAGAAAAAGCCAUGGACUUCUCCGUCCUUUGGGAUUUUGAGGGCUAUAUCAAAUAUUCUGCUCUCUUCUAUGGCUACUACAACAACCAGAGGACCAUCGGAUGGCUGAGGUACAGGCUGCCCAUGGCUUACUUUAUGGUGGGGGUCAGCGUGUUUGGCUACAGCUUGAUGAUUGUCAUCAGGUCGAUGGCCAGCAAUACCCAAGGGAGUACCAGUGAGGGGGAGAGUGACAACUUCACGUUCAGCUUCAAGAUGUUCACCAGCUGGGACUACCUCAUCGGGAACUCUGAGACAGCCGACAACAAAUACGUCUCCAUCACCACCAGCUUCAAGGAAUCUAUUGUGGAUGAACAAGAGAGUAACAAAGAGGAAAAUAUCCACCUGACAAGAUUUCUCCGUGUCCUGGCCAACUUUCUCAUUCUCUGCUGUCUGUGUGGAAGUGGGUACCUCAUUUACUUUGUGGUGAAGCGGUCGCAGGAAUUCUCCAAAAUGCAGAAUGUCAGCUGGUAUGAAAGGAAUGAGGUGGAGAUCGUGAUGUCUCUGCUUGGCAUGUUUUGCCCUCCUCUCUUUGAAACCAUCGCCGCCCUGGAGAACUACCACCCACGCACCGGGCUGAAGUGGCAGCUGGGACGCAUCUUUGCCCUUUUCCUGGGCAACCUCUACACGUUUCUCUUGGCCCUCAUGGACGAUGUCCACCUUAAGCUUUCUAAUGAGGAGAAAAUCAAGAACAUCACUCAUUGGACCCUGUUUAACUAUUAUAACUCCUCUGGCGGGAAUGAAAGUGUGCCCCGGCCACCACCACACCCUGCAGAUGUGCCCAGAGGUUCUUGCUGGGAGACAGCCGUGGGCAUUGAGUUUAUGAGGCUGACGGUGUCUGACAUGCUGGUAACAUACCUCACCAUCUUGGUGGGGGAUUUCCUCCGCGCUUGUUUCGUCCGGUUCAUGAAUCACUGCUGGUGCUGGGACCUCGAGGCUGGCUUUCCCUCAUAUGCUGAGUUCGAUAUCAGUGGAAACGUGCUGGGCUUGAUCUUCAACCAAGGAAUGAUCUGGAUGGGCUCCUUCUAUGCUCCGGGACUGGUAGGCAUCAAUGUCCUGCGCCUGUUGACCUCCAUGUACUUCCAGUGCUGGGCAGUGAUGAGCAGCAACGUGCCCCACGAGCGUGUGUUUAAAGCCUCCCGGUCCAACAACUUCUACAUGGGCCUGCUGCUGCUGGUGCUCUUCCUCAGCCUCCUGCCGGUGGCCUACACCGUCAUGUCCCUCCCACCCUCCUUCGACUGUGGCCCCUUCAGUGGGAAGAACAGAAUGUAUGAUGUCCUCCAUGAGACCAUUGAAAAUGAUUUCCCUAAGUUCCUGGGCAAGAUCUUUGCAUUCCUUGCCAAUCCAGGCCUGAUCAUUCCAGCCAUCCUACUGAUGUUUCUGGCCAUCUACUACCUGAACUCCGUUUCAAAAAGUCUUUCCAGAGCUAAUGCCCAGCUGCGAAAGAAAAUCCAAGCGCUCCGUGAAAUUGAGAAGAACCAUAAAUCUGUCAAAGGAAGAGCCAUAGUCACAAAUUCCGAGGACACACUUCAGAACAGCUCCAAAAAUGCCACCCAACUACAACUCACUAAGGAAGAGCCCACAUCUGAUUCUCCCAGCCAAAUCCAGACCCUGGAAAAGAAAGGGCAGGGCCCUGGCAGCUCCGGUACUGACGUCAGGGCCUCACAGUCGACCUCCUGGCACCUUGUUGGAUCUCAGCCCCCAAGAGUCAGACCAGAGUCUAGCCAAGCCCAGUCUCAGACUUACACAUGCAGGGCAGCUUCUAGAAAGAGUACCCAGAGGCCUCACAAAUGAUGGCUGGCAUUUGUGGGGCUCCUAGUCCUGGGCUUGAUCCACAGGCUCUACUGUUUUGCAUAUUCCUUCCCUUCUCCUCUCACACACACGCAUGUUCCCAUAUCACACAUGUAAUGUAUGAACUUCAAUCCUUGCUCUGCAGCCCUUAUUUACUACUCAAAGGGAAGGGCAAUGGCUUCCCAUGAGUUGGAGAGUGGGAGGAGCCCAAAUUAACUGGCUUCCCAGUGUCCUGUUCAGGCAACCCUGGACCCCACACACUAGUGGUUUCCCUUGGCUCCAAACUUGGGGAGGCAGGGAUGAGGCCAUGACUCCCUGUGUGGACUUUUUCCAUGGUGUACAUGUUGGGACCCAUGUUUCUGCACCCCUUCUGGGUAGAACUACGGUGUGGAGGAGCCUACAUGUCUAACAUCAGCCCUAUCUAAAGGAGGCUAGACUGUUCAAAUAGCAGGUCUAAGCAAAAGAAAACAGAGUUGGAUGAGGCAGAGUCGUUUUGACAGGAAAAUCAGUGAUACCCAACACUGAGGGAAGGUGAUGCCAGUUAAGCACAGAAACUGCACUGGAGCCUCCUAGCGGCAAGACAAAGGAACACAUGGGCAACACAGUUCUGAUCCAUGUUGGGGAAUAUUAUUGCAAGAUGUGUUACUUUUGUUUAUGUUGCAUUUGUUUAACUCUGUGAAGCUUGUUACUGUGCCUGUCUAAAAUACCUGAUGAUCUAAUAAAGAGCUGAACGGCCAAUAUCGAGGCAGGAGAAAGAAUAGGUGGGGCUGGCAGGCAGAGAGAAUUAAUAGGAGAAAUGUGGGAGAGGAGAGAAGAAAGAGCGAGAGAAGGAGGAGGACACAAGGGGCCAGCCACCCAGCUACACAGCAAGCCACAGACUAAGAAGUAAUGAAAGAUAUACAGAAAUUAAAAAAGGUAAAAGUCCAAAGGCAAAAGGUAGAUGGGCUAGUGGUGGUACUGCGUUCCUUAAAAUAUUGUGUACCCUAAUAAACUUAUCUGGGGUCAGAGGACAGAACAGCCAGAAAAUGGUGGCACACAUGCCUUUAAUCCCAAGAAGUGAGCCUUUAAUCCUAGGAAAAGAUGGCAGAAAGCAGAAAGGUACAAAAGGUGUGAGGACCAGGAACUAGAAGCUUUUGGCUGGUUAAGCUUUUAGGCUUUAGAGCAGCAGUUCAGCUGAGAUUCAUUCUGGAUGAGGACUCAGAGGCUUCCAGUCUGAGGAAACAGGAUCAGCUGAGGAAUUGGCAAGGUGAGGAAGCUGUGGCUUGUUCUGCUUCUCUGGUCUUCCAGCAUUCACCCCAAUACUUGGCUUCAGGUUUGUUCUUAUUAAUAAGAACUUUUAAGAUUCCUGCUACAGGGCUAAUUUAAGAAAAGCUGGCAAGAAACAAGCCAAGCUAAGGCCGGAUAUUUAUAAUUAAGAAUAAGCCUCUGUGUGUGAUUUUUUUUGGGAGCUGGGUGGUAGGCCCCCACAAAAAAAUCAAAGACAAACAACAACAGAUCCAACUGAAGAAAACUUGAGGAUUACUCAGGAUGGGAAAGUUUUCUUCAUGCACUAAAUUCUAAAAGGAAUUGGAUAACCUGUUUCCUGUAUAAGGGUCCUUGAACACGGUGGUUCUUCUGUUUCCUAGUGGGCAUAAGUCAGGGAAGCCUGGCCAUUAAGAAGGCUUUGCUAGAAGCCAAAGGCUUAGCAAGGUACAAGUCUUAGUUGAGAGUUCUCUAGAGACCUCAGGUGUUCUACAGACAGUACCUUCCUCUACUCUGUGUCCCCAGACCCAAGAGAACGGCAAAGCUUCAGGACCAAGGGAGCACCUCACCCCAUGUUUCUGAGUAUUCUGAAGAGAGCCCCUUCUUUUAGCCAGUUUCUUUGUUGUAGCUAUCACCCAAGUCCUCAAGGGCCCUCGAGGUACCCCCACAUAUUGUACAUCAAGCAAAGUCCUGGUGGUGAGAAGAUUUCACAGCCACUCAUGAGAUUAUACAAUGAGAGCAGUUUUCAAACUGAACUCCACUCGUGAGCUGCAGUGGCAUGAGAAUGCAGACAUAUGAGCAGGAGAAACAGGGCACUUACUUCACCUCAGCCCAUCCUAACAAGGUGAAGAUCUCCAUGGAAACUCAGUGAGCCUCCAGAUCUGACACCGCCUACAAGUCACACAGUGCUUUCUGAGGACAAACAUUCUAGCUGUCUAGAUACCAACAUGGGAACUCAGGCAGUCUAACCCACGCCAGGCAGCAAAGCCCACAGCAGCAUCCAUGCCUCCAACAUCAUCAUCUCACCCGCACAACGUCAACUCAGAAAUGAGAACAGGCGAGAGGCACAUCCUGAGCCAUCAGCCUCUGUGACUGUUGUGCCUCUGACAGUUAACAAUACACAUAAACGCCUACUACAAACUAAAUCGCCUGUUUUGAGGAUGCAUAAUUCUGUAUCAGUGAAUAUAUUUGCUGUCUAUUGCUAUAUAUCAAAUUAGCCCCUAAACGGAUGCUUUUAAAUGGGCUGGGCAUAGUGUCACAUGCCUAUAAUUCUGGGCACUCGGGAGGCAGAAGCAAGGGGUUUACACCAAGCUCAAGGCCAAUCAAGUUUAUAUAGUGAAUUUCAGGCCAGCCAAGGUUAUACAGUGAGACCUUGUCUCAAAAAUCCAAGAAGAAAGUAAAUAAAUAAAGCACAUUAUUUAUUAUGCUUGAAUAGUGUCUAUGGCCAAGAAUUUGGGGGUGGGCUGGGGAAAUAGCCUAAUCAAUAGAGUGCUUACAGUGAAGUAUGAGGACCUGAGUUUGACCCCCAGAACCCAUGGAAAAGUCAAGAGCAGCAGCCUGCAUCUGUAACCCUGUGCUUCCGGGCAAGGGGACAUGGAGACAAACAGAUCCUAGGGACUUGUUGACUAGCUAGUCUAGCUCAAACAGUGAACUCCUUGUUCAAUGGUUGUCUCAAAAAAAAUAGAAAAUGAUAGAGGAAAGCACUGUAUAUGGAUCUCCACAUGUACACACAUACACACAUACACACACACACACACACAAGAAUCUGGGAAUGGCUUACAAGGCAUAACCCCAUACUUGCUUACACAGAUGGCUAUGGGCAGGAAGCUUUAACUCCUCCUAGGUAUUGACAGGAGACUAUGGUGAUUCUCCCUGUGAACCUCUCCAUAAAGCUGUGUCAAAGUCAAAUAAAACUAUGGAGGCAAAUCUCCAUUAAAGGAAAUUGUUAGUAAACAAAGGAUAGGAUUGCAAUCUGGAAUACAGCAUGCACAGGCCAGAGGGGACCGUGUUAUGUCUGGAGAAGGAAGAAUCAUUGUUUAUUAGGACAGAGAGAUCUACACAGGAUAUUUUGAAAGAAAGACCUGUGGCAUUGUGUGUAUUUUCAGGAGCUGGCAACAUUUUCAAAUUGGCAACACUAAAUGUACAAACCCAGUCUUGUUUUUUUAAGGUUUGGGUUUGUUGUUUGUUUUUUGAGACAGGGUUUCUCUGAGUACCCCUGGCUGUCCUAGAACUCACUUUGUAGACCAGGCUGGCCUCAAACUCAGAGAUCUGCCUGCCUCUGCCUCCCAAGUGCUGGGAUUAUAAACAUGUAACACCACCUAGAUUGAAGAUUUAUUUUUAUUUUAUCUGUAUGAGUGUUUUGCCUGAAUGUAUGUCUAUGCACCAUAUGCAUGCCUGGUGCUCAUGGAGUUGAGAAGAGUGCAUCAGAUCCCGUUACAGACGGUUGUGAGCUGCCACGUGGAUGUUGGGAUUCAAACCUAGAUCCUCUGGAAGAGCAGACAGUGCUCUAAGCACUGAGAAAUAUCUCUGUCCUCAUUGUUCAAAAAAUUUUCACAGCUACUUCAGUGAGCUAAGGAAUAGGGUGGAGGAAGAACAUAUUGGUAGGUGAAAAAAGGUAUUAAUGUAAUGUGGGCUUUCAGUUAAGGGAUAUUACUAUUCGAAAACAAACUAAGGUUGCUAUCUGCUGUUUUCUUAGGUUUGACUUUCCAGCAUAUUCCAUCUUAACACUUCAUAUUCCAUGAAGGCAUCACAGCCUGUGGAGACAGGCUAGCAAUAGGGGUGUGAGUAGGUCACAUACACCCAGGUUGCUUUAUCUACAGCAUGGGGCUAAGUGCACUCAUCCGGCCAUGUGGGUGAUGGAUCUGGCCAAUAUGUAGAGCUUUGUGGACACAGUUCAGAAGGAGCUGGACAGUGUACCACACCCCAUCACCAACCUCUGAAUCAAAGAGGUCCCAUGUGGUGACUGCUCCUUAAGGGGUUGUACCACUAUUCUGGCCUACCAGCAGCUGCAGUGAGAGAUUAGUCAAGUUCCUCAGGUCCACCCUCUCAUACCUGAAGUUGUACCUAGGAGCAUCUAUACUUGACCUACAGUAGCUGCCUCCUUGGUUACCUGCCACUACCACCUUCCAGAGCCCAGAAGGUACAUCUGGCCACCAGCAGGCUAAGCCAGACAGGUGUGGCAGGAAUCGAUUCCUUUGGUGCCCAGGGAGGGAUCUGACUCUGGGUGCCACCUGUGCUAGCAUUGGGAUACAGCAGGUUCUAAAUUUCCAAGAACAAGGACCACCCCCAUUUUUGUCUUUAGAGUACUCUAUUACUACACAGACUAGGUACUAGGAUGUUCAGGAAAAUCUAAGUCACCAUGGCUUAAACAAGUGAAGCUUGUUUGCACAUAAUCUGAAUUCCGGAAACAGUUAACAUCGUGUUGCUCCAACAGCUCAGCUAGGGAAGGGCUUGCUCUCUGCAGUCGCCUGGCCUUUCCCUUGUUGCUUCUUUACUUCAUGGUCGCAAGACUGAGAAGACCGAGCAGAUGCCUCAAUUUCAGUUUCCUGAGACUGAGCACGCAGUUUCUGGGAAGGCCAUGAACAAAAGACAAUCACUGAUGCCCCUGUCAGCAGGGACAGGGAGACAGGACACACUAAGUCUGGGCCACUGAGCCAGCCCCCACAGUCAGUACAGGCUAGGCCAGCCAGCCUCCACAGCAGUUCAAGGACAAAGCCUGGGACUUGUCCAGGCCUGCCCAAAAAUGGAUAACUGUAGCCCUGACAAACCCCCAACUAACCCUAGUCAAUUAAAAGUUACUAACAUGAUUGCCACUCGCAUAAACCAAUCCUGAGUCUGUUCCUAUACCGUCUGUAGACCCUACAAACCAAUCGUAUAUAGUCUAUAGACCCCAAGAUCCCCUGCUGCUUGCUUUACCCCCUAUAAAAACCCUGCCCCAUUGCUACUAGGGUCUCUCCUGCUCUGCUGCUACAUCAGACGGAUGAAUAGAGAGUCCUGAGUUAACUCGCAAUAAAAGACGCUGCUUUUGCAUCGGAUUUGAUCUCUUGAUGGUCUUUGGGGGUCCAGACUCUGGGUACAACAAAGACAACUGCUGUAUCUCCAGGAACCUAUGUUUAAGGAAGAAAUGGGGGGUUGGGGAGAGUCAGAGCCAAACCCGCUGGAACUAUCAACUUAAAUCAGAAAGGAAAACCUCUUUCAGAAACCUGGUCAUAUCCUCUUGCAUAUUUCCAUUUAGGCAUCCUAGGCUAACUAUAGUGGCCACCCUUAGCUCCAAACAAAGUAAAGAUGGCAGGGAACUGGAUUGGCCAAGCACACCCAUCAUAUUCUAUCCCCCAGAACAGAACUGUCUUCUGAAAUAAAAUAGGAAUCUGCACUGGUUGUCAGCUUGACACAAGCUAAGGUCAUCUGGAAAGACAGAGCCUCAGUUGGGGGUUGCCUCCACCAAAUGGGCCUGCUGGGCAUUUCAUGGAUUAAUGGUUGAUUAAUAUGGGAAGGCCCAGGCCUGUGGGCGGUGUCACCCCUGGACAAGUGGUCCUGGGUUGAAUAAGAAAACAGGCUGAGCCGGGCGGUGGUGGCGCACGCCUUUAAUCCCAGCACUCGGGAGGCAGAGCCAGGCGGAUCUCUGUGAGUUCGAGGCCAGCCUGGGCUACCAAGUGAGUCCCAGGAAAGGCGCAAAGCUACACAGAGAAACCCUGUCUCGAAAAACCAA